GGCAACCCGGUCUUAUUUGUUAUAAUUGUUAUGAUUGUGGCUUACAUUUUAUGAAAGCCACAAACUCAAAAUCUCAAACAAUUUCAAUUUUGUUCAAAGGUUCAAUAUUCUAGACUCAAAAUGUCACACUCUAAUCAGCUAAUGAAUCCAGAAAAUCUGCAAAGGGUUCCUGAGUCUUCAGAUCAGGGCUAUUGGAGGGCCGGUAUCCAGCACGUUUUGGUUUUAACCCUGCUUCAGCACACCUGGUUUCAAUCAGCUGGUGAUUAACGGGCUUUUGCAGUGACUGAUGAGCUGCUGCACAGGUGAUUCAACCACUGAAUCUAGUGUGUUGAACUAGAUGGCCUCUCAGUCUACGUGGAAUUACUCAAAUUAAUGGACUUUUGCACCAGAUUCUAAUUUCCCCAGUUUCACUUGUUUUGUAAAUACCCAUGCUUGUGUUUGUGAUGGUUUGCUCAGCAACAAUGAAAUGAGUUGAGACUUUCUGCUCUGCAGAACUUUUCUCUAUAAAACUAGACUGAAGGCUUGCUUUUUAAUCAGAUUUGAUUCAGAUGUGCUGGAAAUAUAAAGUAACACGGCUCACAACUGUACAUGUAAGUAAAUACUGGGGAAAACCCGCAAAUAAAAGCAAUGCUUUGGUAUGUCUGAUUACAAGCUUUCACACUCAGGUAAACCAAUACUCCCAUGGCCUCCAUCAUACAAAAGCCCCAUUAUCGCAGCGCUACAAAGAGUUCUCAGGAUACUUCAGAGAUUCAGGUCAGAAAAGAAUCCCUCACUGUGACCAGGAGCACAUUUAGGGAUUCUACAAAAUGCUGGUAGGCUUGACGGCUGCAUCGCUCCUCCUCCAUUCCUGUUUCAGUCUCCUCUCAGGUGAGGGAGCGUGGGGAGUACAGACUGUGAUGCUGUUAUGUGCACCUGGGAGCAGAACAAGGUGUGCCGCCGAUGGGGUCACAUUGCCUCUGCAUAAAGGAAGAAGAUGAAUUUAAAAUGAUUUGUUUUAUGCAAAGCGGUGGCAGAAUACUUUUUUUAUAAAACACGUGCGCCGAUGUCACCAGAGCUCUGUCGACCAUGGCGCUGCUCUUUCACCUCGUUGCAGGUGUUUGAUAAGGACUCAGAAAACAGUCCUGCUAACUUUCUGGGAAUCUGUAGCGCAGCAGAAUACGUAAGCAUCCAGCUCUGGUCAACAUGGAGGCCAAGGAAGACUCUGACUCAGGCUUUACAUGGGAGGUCAGGGCGAACGACCGCUGCCACCAGAGACACAACCAGAAGAAUUCCUUCCUGUGUUUCAGCUGGGGACGACGCUCUGACAACGUGGUGCGCAGCUACAAGUACUCCCCUCUGACUUUCUUGCCCCUGACGCUUUUUGAACAGUUCCAGCGAGCAGCGAACCUCUACUUCCUCCUCAUGCUGGUGUUGCAGUGUGUCCCAGCCAUCUCAUCCAUACCGUGGUACAUCACGAUCAUCCCACUGCUGACCAUACUCUCUGUGAGGGGGACCAAAGACCUUGUCAAUGACAUGGCAAGGAGACGAUGUGACUCUGAGAUUAACUCCCGACCCUGUGACGUACUUUUCUCCCAGAGUUUCAGCACAGCUCAAUGGAAAGAUGUUCAUGUUGGAGAUGUGCUCCGGAUCCACAAAGACCAAGUCAUCCCAGCUGAUCUUCUUCUUCUGUGCAGUUCAGAGCCUCAUAGUCUCUGUCACGUGGAAACAGCUGAUAUUGAUGGUGAAACUAACCUGAAGUACCGACAGGCGCUCAGUGCUACUCACAACUAUCUGACCUCCAACCCGUCAGAGGAGGCUCUUAGUGCCUUUGAUGGUGUUGUGCUUUGCGAGGAACCAAACAAUCGUUUGUACACCUUCAGGGGUCAGCUACACUGGCAGGGGGAGACUUUUCCCCUGGACAGCGAGCACAUUCUCCUGAGAGGAACGGUCUUAAGAAACACGAAGCUUGUCUACGGCCUGGCCAUAUAUACUGGUGCUGACACUAAAAUCCUGAGAAACUGUGGGAAGUUGAGAGUGAAAAGGACUCAACUGGAGAAAAUCUUCAACAAGCUGGUGAUCGGGAUUGUUCUGUCGAUUCUGCUGGUGGCUCUGCUCCUCGCUGUAGGCUGUGGUGUGUUUUCCAGCCAGGUCAUGAGAUGGACACAGGUGCUGUCGGCUCUGGUGGUGGACAACAAUCCAGCCUACACCGGAUUCCUCAUCUACUGGAGCUACAUCAUCCUCCUCGGCCCAGCCAUGCCCAUAACACUCUACAUCACGUUUGAAGUGAUCCACACAAUCCACAGCAAGUUCAUCGGUUGGGAUCUGGAGAUGUAUUGGCAGCAAGGAGACAGGCCGGCCGAGGCCAGAAACACCUCGCUAAGCGAGGAGUUGGGCCAGGUGGGUUACCUGCUAAGUGACAAAACUGGGACGUUGACCCAGAACCGGCUGCUCUUCAGACAAUGCUGCAUCGCCGGAGAGAUCUACGGUGAUGCAUCAGUCAGAGCAGAGGAUGUAGAGCCGAUGGACUUGAGCUGGAAUCCGUUCUCCUGUGGUGGGCUCCACAUGUCUGCCCCCAGCCUGGUGGACAGGCUCAGAGGACAACAGUGUCCACUCAGCAGACACUUCCUCACAGCACUAGCCUUAUGUCACACUGUCACGGCAGAGUGGAAGGAAGUUUCUCCUGUUUACCAGGCAACGUCUCCAGAUGAAGAAGCUCUUGUUGGUGCAGCCAGAGAACUUGGUUGGGUCUUUCUUUGCAGGACAAGAGAUUUCAUCGAGGUGUCCGAGCUGGGUGUCUCCUGCCAGUAUCAGCUGCUGGCACUGUUGGACUUCACCAGCAAAAGGAGGCGCAUGUCGGUCCUGGUGCGAGAGCCAGGCGGUGGGUUAAAGCUCUACUGUAAAGGAGCAGAUUUUGUGAUUCUUGAGAGACUGCAGAGGGACUGUCCUCAUCAGGAAAGCACUGAAAAAGCGCUGGAGAUGUUUGCUGAGGCCUCUCUGAGGACUCUGUGUAUUGCGGUUCGAUCUGUUCCUGAGGCAUCAUGGGAGAAGUGGAGUAAAACCCUUACCCAGUGUUCCAUCAUGGCGACGGCGGAGCGAGACGUCGCACUGGAGAAGCUGUAUGAUGAGAUGGAGAGAGACCUACAGCUUCUGGGGGCUACCGCGAUUGAGGAUCGUCUUCAGGACGGAGUUCCUGAGACUAUUGCUAGGCUCAGAGAAGCUGGAAUUAAAGUAUGGGUGCUGACUGGAGACAAAAAGGAGACUGCUGUGAAUGUUGGAUAUUCUUGUAGACUGCUGGAUCCUGAUUCCAGAUUAUUGGAAUGGCAGGAGCUGAGACAGAUACUCCAGUCGCUGGACCCUCAGGUCAACUUCGACAAAGCCAGGCAGACAGAUCUGUGGGCGGCACACAAGAUCGCCAGAGUCAAAACUUCUGUGGUUCUCACCGGAUCUGAGCUGGCAGAGUUUGACCAGAGACCCGAGUGGGGGGCUUCCUUCAUGAGGCUGGCUAAACAGUGCCAGUCGGUCCUGUGCUGCAGAGUCACGCCCGCACAGAAGGCUGACAUCGUCGCGCUGGUCAGAAAACACACCACCUCGGUCACCCUGUCCAUCGGCGAUGGAGCCAACGACGUAAACAUGAUCAAGACGGCUCACGUUGGAGUGGGACUGGCAGGAGUGGAGGGAGGCCAGGCCGUACAGAAUGCUGACUUUGCAUUAUCCCAGUUCAGAUUUUUACAGAGACUGCUGCUGGUCCAUGGUCGCUGGUCCUAUCGCCGAAUCUCUCUCUUUCUCUGCUACUUCCUGUUUAAGACCUGCGGCUUUGCUCUUGUGCAUGUCUGGUUUGGUUUGUUCAACGGCUUCAGUGCUCAGUCCCUGUACGAGACGUGGUUCAUCGCCCUCUACACCGUGUUUUACACAGCAUCGCCGGUCAUGUGUCAAGCCAUUUUUGAACAGGAUGUGAGUGCAGAAAACAGCCUGAAGUCACCUGAGCUGUACAGGUGUGCACAGAACCAGAACCAGACGGUCUCCAUCACCAUGAAGCUCAUCUUGCACCUUCUGUACGCCGUUUACUCAUCGCUCAUUCUCUUCUUCAUCCCAUUUGGAGUUUUCUUCAACACUCCUUAUGACUACCAGACCAUGGCACUCACCGUUGCCAUGGCAGCAACCUUUGCCGCCACAAUCGAGAUUGUGGUGCUGACCAGGUUUUGGACAAAGUUCAGCAUAGCAGCUGUGUGUGUUUCUCUGGUAUUGUUCUUCAUCUGCACCAGAAUCACCCAAAACGCUCGUCUUUUUGAGAAGUCACCUACCGACUACAGCUUCAUGGGAGUGUCUGACAAAGCUUUUGUUGAUCCAGUGGUGUGGCUCACAGCCUUCCUCACCUCCUGGACCGCUGUCCUGCCCUCAUUCACCAUUCACGCCCUCGGUGUCAUCCUCUCAGUCCACAACAAACACAAGGUCCACAGCACCCCUCUCCAGCCCGUGGCUCUGAGGGCAAACUUCAGGAGAGGAACGCCUCUCCGCCGCUCUUCUUAUGCCAUCUCUCAGGGAGCCGGGCCUGGGCGCUUCAUCAGCUCAGCCACUUCAAUCCGCAGCACUGAGUUGUCCAAGGAUGAGAGCGUGAUUACAACAGGGACUCUGGCAUAAACAAGUAAACUUUAGUAAUCUGAAGGUCUGCACAUCUUCUCUGUUAAGAUGGCACAGAGGGUAAUCCUUCAAAGUGCACACACUGAGGGUACAAAUAUACUGUCUGUUUUUAUACAGUUGUUUUAUGAUCGAUGGUAAUUAUCACGCACUUCUACAGCACUUCAAAGAGCUUUACACUACAGUGAAUCGCUCAUUCACCCGCUAGUGGUGAUGAGCUACAAUGUAGCCACAGCUGCUCUGGGUCUCACUGACAGAGGCGAGGCUGCUGUACACAGACACCACUGUUGGGCAAGUGUCUUGGCAAGGAAACCGCAACAGAUGGAGAGGAGUGCAGUCUGCAUCCCUCUUAUUACUGGUCGGGCACUUUGCUCCUCUGCCACUCUAAAGCUUGGUUUAUGCUUGACGCAUUCACUUUCCGCUUGGUGAUGCGGCUCGGGGAUGGAACGCGCUUCACAACUCGCAGCGUUUAUGGUUCGUGCGUCUCGUCUCUGCGGUGAGCCAAUAUUCUCCCAAACUGAACGGGGCAGCAUGGCGCUCUACGGCAAACAUCCAACACUACACCAUAGUAGAAGUAGAAAUUAGUGUUUACAACAUGGCAUUUCAGCAUUUUUAACAGCGUCCUCGUCUUUUCCGACAGUGCGAGCUAUUUCUCUCCAAGAAUUAUUAACAACAUGUUGAUCACGGCGAUCUCUGAGAGCUGAAUCAUACAAAUGUCUGUAUUUACGAACCUCUGUCAUACUAGUUCUUGCCGGUCCGCCAUGUUUUUCCGCGUCCGAUCAUCUGCGUGGUUAGAAAUUUUCCAAGGUGCGCGUUGCGGAAAUUCUGGGCCAUGCGGAGGCGCGGUGGAGGGGCGUGGUUGUUAAAAUGACGCAACUUUUCCGUGCAGAGCCAUGCGAACCUCGCGGACGCGUCAAGCAUAAACCAACCUUUACUCCCCAAAAAAAUUUUCAUUUCAUUAAAUAUCAUGUUUUUCUUAAUUAACAUUUUUUACUUUUGAAAUGUUGACACUUUGUGGGAGUUAUUUCUUUUUUUUUUAUGUUUCUGAUUCAAGCUGCAACUCAAGACUUGCAAUGUGCACAAGUUCAAGAGAUAAAGGGUUAAAUCUGCCCAGACCUAGAAAUCAAGAAGACCUCUGCUUGGUUUUGAGAUUGCUGACCUGUUCCAAUGGUGAUAAAAAGAAAAAGAUCGAAAGACUUAUUUAAGUCACAUGGCGAGGACUGGGCUGGUACCAGUGAUGAAAAUCACGAAUGAGCUUUAAUGCAGAAGUUAUUAUUUGUGUAGGUGAAUGACUUGUUUAUAUUUUUAAUUUUUUAACCGUUAACUGUUUUAAAAAUAUUUUCUAACCUUUCAAUGGAGAAUUUACAUCUUACCAUGACUAAUGUAUGCAAAAAUUAUAUAACUGAAAAAGCAUUAAGAGAAAUGUUUAUAUAUUAAUAAAGUUAAUC